AUGACAGGCAGAAAGGGGAAGACACCUGAAGAAGUAUCCGAUCCAGACAUAGUGGAUGAUAUACAGGAUACCGAGCGAGCAGGGAAAGAGAAUGGUCAUUCACCUUUCAUAGGUUUCGCUGCUGGAAUAUGUUCCGGAUGGACCAAGCUUGUAGUCGGACACCCGUUUGAUACGAUAAAAACAAGACUACAGUGUACGCCGACGGGGACAUUUAAUGGGGCAUGGGACUGUUUCACCAAGACGAUCAGUAAAGAGGGUCCUCGAGCAUUGUACAAAGGCGCAAGUGUACCGGCGGUAUCAUGGGGAAUAACAGAUUCGAUAUUGAUGGGAAGUCUACAUAACUAUCGAGCAAUCUUACUGCGGCAUGGCUUCGCCGAACGAACACCUAAAAAUGAUGGUAAGAGACUAUCGUUACUAGGUCAUAGUGUAGCAGGUUUAUUUGCGGGAUGGACCAACGCCUCGAUUGCCCAUCCUACAGAAGUGAUCAAAUGUAAACUCCAACUCCAACUGGUUCAGCCCGCACGCGUACCUAAACAAUUUAGCGGACCGUUCGAUGUAGUUCGUCAGACAGUUGCGGAACAUGGUAUAACAGGGAUGUGGAGGGGUUUGGGGGCAAGUUUCAUAUAUAGAAGUUGUUUUGCAGCAAUGUUUGGAGGUUUCGAGAUUUUCAAUCGAUUAUUCAAAUCUUUUGACGGGACGAAGUACGAAAUGUCAACUGAAUUGGCGAAUUUUUUAGCGGGUGGUAUGGCAAGUAAUAUGUAUUGGUUCACUGCGUUGCCUUUGGACAACAUCAAAAAUAGGAUAAUGGUCGAUUCCAUCAAGAAUCCCAGAUACAAGGGAGUGUUCGAUGCCUAUCGUCAAGUUUGGCGAGAGACGUACAGCCCGGCUAAGGGGUUCGGCUGGAACUCCAUAGCGAGGGUAAAGAAUUUCUACAAGGGUUUUGUCCCCGUCGUGUUGAGGGCGUUUCCAACCAACGCUGCUGCUCUGGCGGUAUGGGAAGGAGUGAUGAGAUGGUCUAAUGCAACAUAA